AUGAUGAAUUAGAGAUAUAUUGUGAGAAAAAGAAGUCCACGCCCAGUAAUCAGAUUUCUAAAAUAUUGUCCUAAAUUGACCGUUGCUUCGAUAAUGACGAUCUAAAAUUUUUAAGGAUAUCCUUCUUCACCUCAAGUCACUUUGCCUAAUAGUAAGCUAUGUUAAUCCUUUAUUGUUCAAUCCAGUCCCUAAUCAUAAAUGAAAAGAUGUAAAAUGAAAGAUAAUAGUUAGAUUUGUCAGUGGAUGUGUACAAACCAACUCCUCCAUAAACAAUAUUCAAAUCUGCAUCUCCAACAGAGAGAAAGUUUAGUUAUCUUUCCUUUUAAAGAACAACGAUUGGAUAAGAAAGUCCUGCAAAAUAAUCAGAUAGUAUUUAUCAAAUUGAAUAUGCUGAUGAUACAAUUUAUUAUGGAUAAAUCAAUAUUACAAAAAGACAUGGCAUGGGAGCUAUGUAUGACAAAAACAAGAAUCUAAUAUAUUUGGGACAAUGGGAUAAUGACAAAUACCAUGGGCUUGGAAUUUUAGUUAAGGAUGGCUAUACUUACAAGGGUGAAUUUGUGAAUGGCAUUCUAGAAGGCUAAGCAAUAGAGGAGGGAAAUUAAUCAAAAUUCUAUGGAUAUUACAAAAAUGGGUAGAAAAAUGGGCCUGGAACCUUAUAUGAACAAUCAAAAACUAUAAUGGGCAUCUGGAAAAAUGAUGUUUUGGAUUAAGAAUGUUGAUUCUUUGAUUAGCACAUUUUUCAAUCAUUC